CAUAUUUAUAGGUGGCAACCUGCAGCGGAACACAAGCACAGCCUUUCUUGCUUGGGAGGGGAGGAUUUAUACAAGAGAAAUGUUUGUUAUUGUUUUUCUGGACUUCUUUCCCAGACUGUGAGACACGGCGUGUAUUUCCUGGGAAGGACUUUUGACGCUGGCUUCAGGCAGUAUAAUUGCUGCAGUUACACGUUAGAUACUUAGUGGAGGAGAAAUGCCGAAAACGCGUUCAGAGCUUUUAUGUUCAAAAACAAAGUUGCUGGAAAAGCUUAGAUAUUAUUUGAGAAUAAUUUGCAGACCAGGAUCAACAAAGCAUGUUCUCCAUUAAGCAGAGUGAUCAGGAUCUGAGUAUCAUUGACACUUAACUGGGAAAGGGAAGAGGUUUAACCAUUCUAUCCGUGGGAGAAUACUCCGGACCUUUCGUGAUCUAAUCCCGUAACAGUGUGAGCUGCUACAAUGCACGUGCUAGUAAAGGCGGGAAUAAGAGGACAGAUGAGAUGACUGCUUGGCUGGAGAUAUAACUUGAUGUCUCAGGAAUCUAAACCUUUUGAGACUGUUUGUUUGUUUCUGGGUAAGGUAGGACAUGCACAAGGGUGAUGAAGGGUCUAGGCCCGAAGCGUCAGCUUUUGUGCUCCUGAGAUGCUGCUGGGCCUGCUGUGUUCAUCCAGCCUCACAUUUUGUUGUCUUGGAUUCUCCAACAUCUGCAGUUCCCAUUAUCUCAGAUAUUCUUGUUGAUGCUUUUGCUCGUUCCACUGGUGAGGAUUUAAACUCGUAUGACAGGGGAAUGGGAACCAAAGUAUAGCUUUAGCAGUAAAAGACUCAAAUCAGCAAAUGGGAUGUGAAAUUAGUUCAUGAUGUUGUCAGUGGCUGAAAGAUUAAAAGAAAGAAGGAUUAAUCAAGAUCAAAUCUCUUUUCAUACAUCAACCCUGAGAUCCCAGGAAUUGGUCUGGUGAACCUUCUUUACAAUCAUUCAGUAGCCACGGCAUCCCUCCUUUGGAAGGGAGAACAAAGGUGCACACUACUCCAGGUGUGGUCUCACCAAGGCCCUUAUAGAAAGACAUCCCUCUUCCUUUACUCGAAUCCUGUCACAAUGAAGGGCAAAAUAUCAUUUGCAUUCUUCACUACUUGCUGCUGCCUGUUUCCUAAAAGAGAAUAGGAGAGAAACACGGAACUAAAUGGGGUCAGACACUCCGGUAACAUUGUUGAACACACUGUCCCCAUUGUAUCGGUGCUGGCCAUCAAGCACCUGUUUAAACUAGGCCCAUUUUCUGGCACUCGGUGUGUAACCUAUAUUAUGGUGCAAUGGAUGAUCAUCUCAACGCUUCUUCAAGAUUGCAAUGGUUCCUGCAUCUAUCACCAUUUCAGAUGCUGCCAGAUCUGCUGUGUAUCUCCAUCUUUUUCUGUUUUUAUUUCAGAUUUCGGGUAUUUUGCUGCAUCUUAGUCCUUCAGAAGGAUCAGAGGGUAUGGGGAGAAAACAGGAAUUGAAUUCAUUUUCAGAUGUAUAAAAUGCCUGUCCUGCAUGUCUGCCCAAACUCUAUCUCUUUUUGUAGUUUUGGGCAAACGCUGACUUCCCUGAAGGACAUUUAAUGAAUCAGUUCAGUUUUACUGACAAUCCAGCAGUGCCCCUCAGUGUUGGAUCCACAAUUGACCAGAUUAAUUUCUGAGUUUCACAAUCUUUGUGUGUGUUCUUCUGGUUUCUCUCUCUCUACUUUACAUUUUUUUCAGUUUGAAAUUUGGAUUGCAUUCAGAGAAAUCAAACAAAACCACAUCCAGAUCUGACACUCAAUCUGUUUGUCAUAACCUAAUUAUCUCAGGAUUUUGAACAUUGAAGGAAGAAGCACUGUUCACACCAGGGGGAAAUGCGUGGAGUCUGUGAAGAUUCAUCUGAAAUGUCCAAACACCAGCGCAGUCACACUGGGGAGAGACUGUGGAAAUGUGGGGAUUGUUGGAAGGGAUUUAUUUACCCAUCCCAGCUGGAAAUGCACCAACGCAGUCACACUGGGGAGAAACCAUUCAUUUGCUCUGAUUGUCGGCUGGGAUUCACUCAGUCAAACAACUUGCUGAAACACCAGCGAGUUCACAGUGGGGAGAGACCGUUUGCCUGCUCUGUGUGUGGGAAAGGAUUUGCGCAGACAUCUCACUUGCUGAAACACCAGCAAAUUCACACAGGAGAGAGUCCAUUCACUUGCUCUGUAUGUGGGAAAGAAUUUGCUUUGUCAUCGAGCCUGUUGAUACAUCAGCUAAUUCACAAUGGGGAUAGACUGUUCACCUGCUCUAUUUGUGGGAAAGGAUUCGUUUCAUCAACCAACCUGCUGAGACACCAGCAAGUUCACACCGGAGAGAAAUCAUUCACCUGUUCUGCGUGUGGGAAAGGAUUUACUCACUCAUCCAACCUGCUGACACAUCAGCGACUUCAUACUGGAGAGAGACCAUUCACCUGUUGGGAGUGUGGAAAAGCAUUCACUCAGACAGUUCACCUGCUGAUACAUCAGCGAAUUCACACUGGAGAGAAACCGUUCACGUGUUCCGAGUAUGGGAAGGGAUUUGCUCACUCAACCAACCUGCUGAGACACCAGCGAGUUCACUCUGGGGACAGACCAUUCACUUGUUCUAUGUGUGGAAAGGGAUUCACUGAAUCAUCCCAACUGUUAACACACCAGCAAGUUCACCACAACCACAUUUGAAGGAUUUUGCUCUUAAAUCAAGGAAUGAACUUUGAUCUUUAGGCUGUUUUGUGUGUCAUUCGUCCCUGCUCAAAACUUGAUCUUCUCUUGGGAAAUAAGGUAGGGCAGGUGACUGAGGGGUCAGUGGGAGAAAUAUUUUGGGGCCUAUGAUCAUAGUUGUAUUAGUUUUAAAAUAGUUACGGAGAAGGAUAGACUUGGUCUAAAAGUUAAAGUUUUAAAUGGGUCUAAGGCCAAUUUUGACACUAUUAUGCCCCUUAAAAGCACAGUAAGACUGCCUAUGUAUGGGAAUGCGCAAGAUGGGUGAGGUGCAAAACAAGUAUUUUACAUCAGUAUUUACUGUGGAAAGGGAUAUGAAAGCUAGAAAACUUAGAAAUGAAUGUGUAUCUUGAAAAGUUCCAUAUUAUAGAGGAGAUGGUGCUGGAUGCCUUGCAGAGCAUAACAGUGGAUAAAUCCCCAGGACCUCUUCAGGUGUACUCUCGAACUUUGCGGGAAGCUCGGCUUGUGAUUGGGCCCCUUGCUCAGAUAUUUGCACCAUUGACAGUCAUCGGUGAGCUGUUAGACUGGAGGUUGCCUAAUGUGGUGCCAUUGUUUAAGAAAGGUGGUAACCUAAAACCAGGGAACAAUAAACUUUUGGUGAGCCUGACAUCGGUUGUGGGUAAGUUAUUGGCGGCAAUUCUGAGGGAUAGGAUUUACUUGUAUUUGGAAAGCGUGGACUGAAUGGGGAUUGUCAACAUGGCUUUGUCCGUAGGAAAUUAUGUCUUACUAACUUGAUUGAGUUUUUUUUUGAAGAAGUUACAAAGAAUAUUGAUGGCAGACUGGUGGAUGUUUUUGAUAUGGAUUUCAGUAAGUAAAAUUCCGCAUGGUAGCCUGAUUAACAAGGUGAGAUCACAUGGAAUCCAGGGAGAGCUGGCCAUUUGGAAAGGCCUUUGGCCUGCAGUAUGCUGCAAGGAUUGGUACUUAGUAACUAUAACUCCUACAUUCACAUCCAAAUCAUCUUUAUAAAUGACAGAAAUGAGUGGACCCAGCUCUGAUCCUUGCGGCACACCACUGGUCACACACCUCCAGUCUACAAAGCAACCCUCCACCAGCACUCUGUCUUCUACCUUCAAGUCAGAUCUGUAUCCAAAUGACUGGUUCUCUCUGUAUUCCAUGUGAUCUGACCUUGCUAAUCAGUCUACCAUGAGGAACCUUGUCAAACGCCUUAGUGACAUCCAUCUCGAACACAUCCACUGCUUUGCCCUAAUCAAUCCUCUUUGUUCCUUCUUCAAAAAAAAUCAAGUUAGUGAGACAUGAUUUCCUACACACACAGCCAUGUUGACUAUCCCUAAUCAGUCCUUUCCUUUCCAAAUAUUUCAAGUACUAUCCCUCAGGAUUCCCUCCAACGACUUGCCCACCACUAAUAUCAGGCUCACUGGCCUAUAGUUCACUAGCUUUUCCUUACCACCUUUCUUGAAUAAUAUUAGCCAACUUCUGGUCCCUCACCUGUGGCUAUCGAUGAUACAAAUAUCUCAGCAAGGGGCCCAGCAAUCAUUUGCCCAGCUUCCCUCCAAGUUCUUGGAUACACCUGAUCAGGUCCCAGGAAUUUGUCCACUUUUAUGCGUUUUAAGCCGUUCAGCAUCACUAUCUCUGAAAUGUGGCUAAUUUUCAAGAUGUUGCUAUUUAUUUCCCCACAGUCUGUAUCUUCCAUAUCCUUUUCUGUAGUAAAUAGUGAUAUACUUGCAUAGUACUUGUUUUAUUAUAUUCCCCAAUUCUUGCAAAUCCACACAUAGGCGGCAUUGCUGCUUUUUAAGGGGCCCUAUUCUCCCUAGUUAUACUUUUGUUCUUAAUCUAUUUGUAGAAUCCUUCUGGAUUUUCCUUUUAAUGCUAUUUGCCUAAGCUACCUCAUGUCCCCUUUUUGCCGUCCUAAUUUCCCUCUUAAGUAUAACAUUGAGUGAAUCCUUAUAAGAGUAUAAUGACAAUCUCUGCUGUCUAUACCUGACAUGUCCUUCCUUUUUCUUGACCAAAACCUUGAUUUCUCUAGUCAUCCAGAAUUCCCUACACCCACCAGCCUUGUCCUUCACCCAAACAGGAAUAUACUGUCCCUGAGCUCUCGUUAUCUUAAUUUUUGAAGGCUUCCCACUUCUGAACCUUUCCGUUUUACCUGCAAAUAUCUGCCCCAAUCAACUUUUGAAAGCUCUUGUGUAAUACCAUUAAAAUUGGCCUUCCUCCAAUAUAGAACUUUAACUUUCAGACCCAGUCUACACUUUUCCAUCACUAUUUUAAAACUAAUAGAAUUAUGGUCACUGGCCCCAAAGCCCUCCCAUGCUGAUACCCUAGUCACCUGUCCUGCUUUAUUUGCCAAGAGCAGGUCAAGUUUUGCACUUUCUCUAGUCGGUACAUCACAUACUGAAUCAGAACAUUUUCCUGCACACUCUCAGCAAAUUCCUCUCCAUUCAAACCUUUUACACCAUGGAAUUCCCAGUCUGUGUUUGGAAAGUUAAAAUCCAUUCCAUAACCACCCUGUUAUUCUUACAGAUAACUGAGAUCUUCUUUCAAAAUUGUUUGUCAGAUUCCUGCUGACUAUUGGGAGGCCAAUAAGGUGAUCAUCCCUUUCUUAUUUUCAGUUCCACCCAAAUAACUUCCCUGGAUGUGUUCUCAGAUAUAUCCUGCCUAAGUAAAGCCAUAAUGUUACCCUUGCUCAAAAAUGCCACUUUUCACUCCUCUCUUGCUUUGCUUCCCCUCCCGCUUUUGACUUUCUAUCCUUUCUAUAGGAUCUAUAUCUUAGAACAUUAAGCUGGCAGCCCUGUCCAUCCCUGAGCCUUGUCUCUGUAAUUGCAAUGACAACCCAGUUCCAUAUUUCCAACCUUGCCCUGAGUUCAUCUGCCUGCGUUGUUAGGCCUCUGGCAUUGAAAUAAAUGGUGUCUAAUUUAUUAGUCCUUUUACAUUAAUCUUAAUAACAAUUAUGUAACUGUAGGGUAGGUUUUGAAAAUGAUGAUGUUUUAUUGCUGUAUAUCAACACAUUCACACUGGGUAAAGACAAUGCACCUGCACACUGUGAAAAGGGAUUUCCUAGUUCAUUAGGACUGGUUUUCAUAGAAUUCAGAGUAUUCCUACAGUAUGGAAACAGGCUGUUUGGCCCAAGAAUUCACAGAAAACCUCAGAGCAUGCCACUCAGACACAUGUCCUGGUAACCCACCUAAUCUACACAUCCCUGAACACUCUGGGCAAUUUAGCUUGGCCAAUCCACCUAACCAACACAUGGGAGGAAACCAGAACACCCAGAGGAAACCCACGCAGCCACAGGGAGAACAUGCCAACUCCACACACUGAGUUGCCCAAGGGUGGAAUCAAAUCUGGGUCCCUGGCAUUGUGAGCCAGCAGUGCUAACCGCUGAGCCACUGUGGAUAACCACCAAUGAGUUCCCAAGAAUCUGUAGGAAUUUUUGUUGUUGCUCCUAUUAUCUGUAUCCACGUCAUGUUAUCUGGGCAUGUUUCUCAUGAUGUUUGAAAACACCACAUGUCUGG